AUGUUUACAUUUCAGGACCGAUUUUCAGGGAAUGUGAUGAUAUCAGUUUUAUAUUACGGUGGAACACUUGUAGCAGAUUCUAGUAUUACUAUUGGAUCUUUGACAUCAUUUUUAUUAUAUGCAGCUUAUAUAGGAGUUUCUAUAGGUGGUCUUACAUCAUUUUAUUCUGAAUUAAAUAAAGGCAUUGGAGCUGCUGAAAGAUUGUGGGAGAUAAUGGAUAGAGAACCACUCGUAGCUGGUGUAAUUCCCGAAAAAAAAGUUAUUGGUGAUAUAAAAUUCUCUAACUUAAGUUUCCAUUAUCCUACAAGACCCGAGCAAGAUGUUUUUUCAUGAUUUACUCUGGAUGUGCCAGCAGGAAAGUCACAGCAUUGGUCGGGUAGAAGUGGUUCAGGAAAGAGGUAUUUAGGAUCUCUUUUACUUCGACUUUAUGAACCACAAAAGGGUGCAAUACUUCUUGAUAACAUGAAUUUGAAAAAUCUGGAUGUGAAUUGGUUGCGCAAUAAUAUAGGAGCUGUAAGCCAAGAGCCCAUAUUAUUUUCUGGCACGAUUCGUGAGAAUGUGUUAUAUGGAGCACCAUAUCCGGACCAAGUUUCAGAAGAACGUUUACUAGAUGCUAUGAAACGCGCGCACGUGAUCGAUUUUACUCAAACUCUACCUCAGGGAGUCGAUACAAUUGUUGGGGAAAGAGGCAUUAUGCUUAGUGGUGGCCAAAAGCAAAGAGUUGCAAUAGCUAGAGCCAUUAUAAAGGAUCCUGCUAUUUUAAUCCUUGAUGAGGCAACUAGUGCUUUAGAUACUCAUUCAGAACGGUUAAUACGUUCAGCACUGGAGGCCCUGACUUUAGAAAAAUCUCGUACUGUGUUAGUAAUAGCUCAUCGUCUCAGCACUGUUCGAGGGGCUGAUUCAAUCGCUGUCUUAAAAGACGGCAUGAUUGUUGAAAGAGGUACUUAUGACCAACUAAUUAAUAAGAACAAAGGAUUUUUCAAGGAAUUGGUUCUACAAGAAGAUACAAAAGUAGAAACAUUUAGUUAAUAGUGGAUAUUAAUAUUAAUAUAUUGGAGUUC